AUGGCUUUGUGGAUUAAUACCAGGCUCUGCGCUGCAGCUGGCAGGCUUCCAAUUUACAGAGCAGACAGAGACACAGAACUUUCCGGCAAACCUAAAGGUGGAGGAAUCCGUUUUUUCAUCAACAGCAGUUGGUGCAAUGAUGUGACAGUGAUCCAGCAGCACUGUUCUCCUGACCUGGAAUCUUUCUCCAUAAACUUUUGUCCUGGCACCGAUAACAAGCUCAGUACACUGUCUGAUUUGGACCAACAGUACAGAACUCUUCGAAAGUUCUAUGAAAACUGUGAGGUGGUCAUGGGUAAUCUGGAGAUAACCAGUAUCGAACGGAACCGCAACCUAUCUUUUCUGAAGUCUAUCCGAGAAGUGACAGGUUACGUGUUAGUGGCUCUGAACCAGUUUGACUAUCUUCCACUGGAGAACCUGCGGAUCAUCCGUGGUACUACACUUUACGAGGGACGUUAUGCGCUGGCCAUCUUUCUCAACUACAGACGGGAUGGCUACUACGGCCUUAGACAACUUGGCCUCAAGAACUUGACAGAAAUCCUGAAUGGAGGUGUAUAUGUGGAUCAGAAUAAAUUCUUGUGCCAUGCUGACACCAUCCACUGGCAAGAUAUCAUCAAGAACCCCCGUUCUGAACUUCUGGUUGUACCCUAUAACAAUAGUGGGAACACAUGCAGAAGGUGUUAUCGCUCAUGUAAUGGCCGCUGUUGGGGACCACAGGAAGAUCAGUGCCAAAGCUUAACAAAGACGGUUUGUGCAGAGCAGUGUGAUGGUCGUUGUUUUGGUCCUUACGUCAGUAAUUGCUGCCAUCGAGAAUGUGCUGGAGGCUGUUUUGGGCCCAAAGACACAGACUGCUUCGCUUGUACGAAUUUCAAUGACAGCGGUGCGUGUGUGACACAGUGUCCUCAACCAUUUGUCUACAAUCCAACAACCUUCCAGCUCGACCACAAUCCUAAAGCCAAAUACACCUAUGGAGCAUUCUGUGUCAAGAAAUGCCCACAUAACUUUGUGGUGGAUCACAGCUCUUGUGUCAGAGCCUGUCCGAGCAACAAGAUGGAGGUUGAGGAAAAUCACAUUAAGAUGUGCAUCCCAUGCACUGACAUCUGUCCGAAAAUGUGUGAUGGAAUAGGUACCGGCAGUCUUCAGACAGCUCAAACUGUAGAUUCCAGCAACAUUGAGAAGUUUGUCAAUUGCACCAAGAUCAACGGCAACCUCAUCUUCCUCAUCACUGGCAUCAAAGGAGAUAUGUAUCAUGGCAUCGGAGCUCUGGAUCCUGAGCGACUACAUGUAUUCCGCACCGUCAGAGAGAUCACAGGUUAUGUGAACAUCCAGUCCUGGCCAGAGAACAUGACUGAUCUUGGUGUCUUUUCCAACCUUGUUACCAUAGGAGGAAGAACGCUGUAUAGUGGUAUUUCUCUGCUGAUCCUCAAACAGCGCUGGAUCUCUUCACUGCAGUUCCAGUCUCUGAGAGAGAUCAGUGCUGGUAACGUCUACAUAACCAACAACAGUCAGCUCUGCUUUUACAAUACGGUGAAUUGGACAGGCCUUUUCCGCACCAGCACCCAGAGAGCGCUCAUCAAAAACAACAGAGACCCUAGAGUGUGCACCCAGCAAAAGAUGAUCUGUGAUCCACUGUGUUCAGAAGCAGGAUGCUGGGGUCCUGAUCCAGACCAGUGUCUGUCUUGUAAAUUUUUCAGCCGUGAAAGGACCUGUGUCAAGUUCUGUAAUCUUUAUGAUGGAGAUGUUCGAGAGUUUGCCAACGGUACUUUGUGUGGUGAGUGUGACAGCCAGUGUGAAAAGGCAGAAGAUAAAACUGUAACCUGUCAUGGCCCUGGUCCAGACCAUUGUACAAAAUGCCUGUAUCUCAAAGAUGGGCCCAACUGUGUGGAGAAAUGCCCUGAUGGUCUUCAGGGAGCAAACAGCUUCAUCUUCAAAUAUGCUGAGACCAACAACGAGUGCCAUCCCUGCCACCCCAACUGCACCCAGGGGUGUACUGGACCCCGGAUCCAAAAUUGUAUUGGAAUGCUGGACAGGACUCCUCUGAUUGCAGCUGGGGUGAUUGGGGGCAUGUUUGUGGUCGUAAUCGUGGCACUUGGAUUUUCUAUCUUUUUCCGCCGCAAGAGCAUCCGGAAGAAAAGAGCUUUACGGCGUUUCCUAGAAACAGAGUUGGUGGAGCCGUUAACGCCAAGUGGCACAGCACCCAACCAGGCUCAACUACGUAUAUUGAAGGAGACUGAGCUCAAGAGGGUCAAGAUCCUGGGAACUGGAGCAUUUGGUACUGUUUACAAGGGAAUCUGGGUUCCAGAAGGGGAAUCGGUGAAGAUUCCUGUGGCCAUAAAGAUACUCAAUGAAUGCACAGGACCAAAACCAAAUGUUGAGUUUAUGGAUGAGGCACUGAUCAUGGCCAGCGUGGAACAUCCUCAUCUAGUGCGUCUGUUAGGGGUCUGUUUGAGUCCCACUAUCCAGCUAGUCACUCAACUGAUGCCCCACGGCUGUCUGCUGGACUAUGUACAUGAGCAUCAGGGGAACAUCGGCUCCCAGUUACUGCUCAACUGGUGCGUACAGAUCGCAAAGGGUAUGAUGUAUCUGGAGGAAAGACAAUUGGUUCACAGAGAUCUGGCUGCCCGUAACAUCCUGGUGAAAUCUCCAAACCACAUCAAAAUCACUGACUUUGGGAUUGCUCGAUUGCUGGAUACUGAUGAAAAGGAGUACAAUGCAGAUGGAGACAAGAUGUCCAUCAAAUGGAUGGCCUUAGAGUGCAUUCACUACAGGAAGUUCACGCACCAGAGUGAUGUAUGGAGCUAUGGGGUGACUAUGUGGGAAUUAAUGACAUUUGGAGGAAAGCCCUAUGAUGGGAUUACCACACGCGAGAUUCCAGACAUCUUAGAGAAGGGAGAACGUUUGCCCCAGCCGCCCAUCUGCACCAUAGAUGUCUACAUGGUCAUGGUGAAAUGCUGGAUGAUUGAUGCUGAUAGUCGGCCUAGAUUUAAAGAACUUGCUGCAGAGUUCAGCCGCAUGGCAAGAGAUCCUCAGCGAUACCUCGUCAUUCAAGGGGACGAUCGCAUGAAGAUUCACAGCCCUAACCACAGCAAGUUCUUCCAGAGUAUUCUAGAUGAGGAGGAGCUGGAUGACCUGAUGGAUGCUGAGGAGUACUUGGUUCCUCAUUCCUUAAAUGCUCCUCCCACUUCCCAUAUGUUCCGCCCACAUGUAGACUCAAAUCAAAACCAGUUUGGGUAUCAUGAUGGAACUCUGUGUCCUGAGGAGGUGACAGGGACCCGACAUCGGGAGGUAGCUGCUGCAGGAAGUGGCACUUCUGUCUCUGGGGGUGUUCCGAAAGCAGGUCUGAACUCCGGAGUAGAGGAGCAGCAGUGCAAUGGAAGCUUAAAGAAAAAUAGCACAAUUCACUCAGUGGAGGACAGCAGUGGCCAGCGCUAUAGUGCAGACCCCACUGUUCUGUUGGGAGAAAGAGGACAGAGGGGAGACACAGAUGAGGAUGGUUAUAUUUCCCCAAUGAAGGAAAAGAGCUCCACAAAUCAUUUGAAUCAUGUUGAGGAGAAUCCUUUUGUAACAAGACGUAAAAAUAAAGACAUCAAUGCACUUGACAACCCGGGUUACCACAGCACCCCAGACGGAAAGCCCAAGUGUGAAGACGAGUACAUUAACAAGCCCCUUUACCUCACCACACCAGUUUACAACACCAGUGACAUGAGGAAAAAUGCAGUUUCAAUCCCAGAGCAGGUGACAACACCAACCCACAUAGCAAGCAGCCACGUUUCCGAAGUCACUCAGAUGGGUAAACACCAUCACCACAUCCACGGACCACACGUUCACUUUGCAUUACCACCGGUUCAACCAGUGCACUCUGGAUCGAUGAGUCAAAAUGAUCAACAUAUUCAGUCAGAUCAGUCAGUCCUUGAUCUCACCAGCAAAUCUGGCCAGCCACUACCACUACCAGCAGGUCAAAUAUGCCUAGUCAGCCAUCAAGUCCCAACAAAGUCAAAUCGUUCGCCCCAACAGUUUCAUUUGGCAAAGUCUGCAGUGGCAGGGAAAAGUGGCCUGUCAGGUUACCAUGUACAACCAGGCAGCAUGAUUCAAUCAGGACAGAUUGGGUCUGUACUAGUGGACAAGGUGUACAAGAAUACCUUCGACAAUCCUGAGUAUUGGCAGCACAGCCUUCCACACAAGGUUACCCCUCAGAACUCCCAAGACCCUUCAAUAUUCUGCAAUAACAAGUUCCCCUACAAGCAGAAUGGCCGAAUUCAUCCUGCUUUGGCUGAAAACCCUGACUACCUGACAGAGUAUGGUGUGAAGCCGGGAACAGUCCUGCCUCCUCCUCCAUACCGGCAGAGGAACACUGUGGUCUAA